UACCUCAUCUCCUUGGUUGAUGGCGAUGAGCGGCAUUGCCAAAUUGAGGGCGGCGCCAUGCGCUUGCAUGGGCAUUCCCUUUCUGUGAGGAGCAUGGCUAGUCAGAUCUUCGAGAGGGGCAAGAGAGCAAGAAGAUCAUUGUAGGCAUGGACCAUGGAACGAUCUAUAAAAUGCUACUCGUUCACCCACAUCUUGAGUCUCGUCCUCAUCAUAUUCCCACGUUCUUUCACGCUUGCAGGCUUUCAAAAUGCCUCGCUCAACACACAUCAGUCUCGAUCAUGUUCAAUUCUAUCAGCCUCCUGCUCCAAGACCUCCCCAGCCUACCGCCAACAUUCGACCCCUGAGCAGCUCAGCUCUAUCGACUCUGCCCCAGAACUCGGCCGUCCCUGCUCCAGACAUCAGUGCAGGGCCCUGGGGCAUUUGUCGCGCAACCUCGUCCCGCGAAGUGAUCGAGGUAGACGAAACCCAGUGUGAUGCAAGCAGCCGCGAUGACGCCGACAAGGACCCAGAGACUAUGCCACCACGGGCAAUGGCUGGCUCUGUCAAUGCCGGCCUUCCGCCGGAUUUGGGUUCGGCCAUCCCUCAGGGUCCCUUCUCUCCGGCCUGCGACGAGAACUCCAUCCCGACACAGUUCUCGGUGUAUCCACCAGGCACAGCUCCCACAAGAUCCGCAGCCAUGGAGGAUUUCCCUUUUUCGUGCACUCGCGAAAGCAUGGGAAGGGGUCUGGGAUCAUCCGAUACCGCAAUGGGCACUCCUACCACAUCAGUACACCUGGCAUGUCACUGUUCUCCUCUCGGCUGCUCAAGUCGGCACGGUGAUACAGUGUCUGCUCUGUUCCCAGCCAUUGACACAGAUCGCACUCAGCCUCCCCGUCCAGUAGAUAUGAGGGAUCUUGAUCGGUUGCUCGACGGGUGGACCAACGGUCCGACUCACGAGGGCUCAGCAUUGGGCAGGGGUCUUCCAUGCGCUGGUGCGAAGCCGCUCAAUUCCUCUCAAUCAUUCGGGUCGCAAGGACUUGCGUGCUCUUCACAGUAGUCGCCCGCGAGCGAUGUGAGCCCCGGGAAUCAUAGCGCCCAAGGAACUCGAUCGCGAUGUGAAAGUUCUGAACGGAAUCUGUCGUUCC